AUGACGUCAGCCGAUGAUGAAGAUGCUAUAGACGAUCACCAUCAAUUUCUUACUCCAUCAUCGGAUUUACUCUCCCCGAAAACUGAUAAUGGCGUCAUUAGUCCCCACAUAACUUUGACAAUAAAUAAUAAUGAUAAUGAUUCCGCUGAUACUGAAGAUAUAUCCUAUGUUAUUCAACCCUUACCAACAACAUUAACAUCAUCAACAAUGACAACAACAACAUUAAAUACUCCUCAAUUACAUACAUAUUUAAAUUUAAGUGCAGCAAGUAGUGAGUCAAGUCUUGUUCAGCCACUUCUUAAAGAAAAACAUGAAACACUACCUAUCUAUACAUCACCUAAUAAUAGUGAAGAUGAACGAACAGCAUCAUCCUCAUCCUCAACAACAUCAUCAACAAGUUCCAAUACUUCACUUAUACCAAAUUGUCGUUCAUAUAUGACAUUAUAUUUUACUGAUAUGCUGAUAUCUGCAUUUUUCAUAACACCAUUUGUUAAUAUUCAUUGGCGUGGUGCCUGGGAUUUACUUGAUAUACAUUUAUUACCUGAUUAUCCACGUACGAGUGCAUUGAUUUCAUUGGGUAUUGGAUAUUUUAUGCUUUAUAUGAUAUAUUUAACCCAAGGUUGUUUACAACGAUUUUAUGAAAAACAUCGACACAAUAUUUUGGGUCAAAUAAUGACUAGAUUAUAUACAUUGCUACUUGCAUUAGCUUAUAUUAAUCAAUGGCGUGGCUUAUGGAAUUUAUUAGAUUUAACAAGUAAUGAAUGGUAUCAUUUAGUUGGUGAAACAGGAAUAUGUAUUAUAUUUCUUUUAUUAAUGAAAUCUAUCUAUAAUCUCAAUUCAGCACCAUUUUUAAUUGGUGUUGAUACUGAAAGUUAUUUUUUACUCGAUUCAAAAUAUACAGUAACAACAAAUAAUUUUUUACAACAUACAUUUGACUUUUUCUAUUAUGAAUUUGUUGAAGCACCAUUACUAAUAAUAACAUGGCGUGGUCUUUAUAAUCUUUCGGAUUCAUAUAUAUGCCCUGAAAAUCGACAACUUUCAAUGAUAGUAUCAUUUGCAAGUGGCUAUUUAUUAUAUUUUCUUCUUGCACUCAUACAAAUUCCAGUUGUACGAUGUUUAAUAAAACAACGUCAUCAUUUCUUACAUUCAAUUGUAUCGAAUUUAUUUCAUUUAAUUGCAUUUAUAAGUGUUGUUCAAAUUUGGAGAAGUUUAUGGAUUAUUUGUGAACAAUAUUUAAAUAUAACAGGCUAUCAUAAUACAACUCUUUGGCUUUGCUAUGGUGUUGCUUUUGUUGUGCUGACAUGUGGCUUGGCAGCAUGUUCAUUAAAUGGACCAGGUGGAUCGAAAGAUAGUUAUAUUGAUGAAGGGCCUAUACUUCUAUUUAAAUUUGAUUAUUUUUCAACAUUACUUAAACGUCAAUCAAGUCAUUUGAAAGUAACUAAAGAUGGUAGUUUAAGUUCUGAUAUAUCAUCAACAGAAACAAUAAUAACUGCUGAACGACUCUAUCGAUUUGAACCUUCUGUCUAA